UGAAUUAAGGAUUGCACUUUUUAGGGUAUCCUACAGUUACAUUGUCCAUUCAUACAUAAUGUAAUACUUGUUUUUUUCUUAAGGAUUCUUUAAAAAACAAAUACUGUCCAAGGAACUAACUCUGCUGCUCUAUGCCAAAAGAUUUUACUCACUGACAUCUGACCCAGUGGGCUUACUGACGACUCUUUUGAUGUACCUAUAAAAUUUCAGCUUUUUUGUUGAUUAAUUCUUAACCACAAAUGCUGACACCAUCUUAAAACUGUUAGGAACUAGACAAACAUCACACGUGCUGGUGUGAUGAAGCAGAAAGUUGAGCACGGGUCGUGAUCAGAGGCUAACUGAUUUGCCCUCAACAAACUAGGCUGCUUUGAUAAAAAGUGGGUUGCAACAGGAACACUACCUGCAUGAUUAGAGAGAUCACGUCUCUUAUUACAGGAUAUGUAACAGGUUUUGAAAUGAUUUAAGGUCAUUUGGAUCGACUGAUCUCUUUAUUCUGUGUAAGCUUACGCUGCAAAAUCUUGAAAUGUAGUUAAUAAUUUUCCAUAGAAGCUUAAACAUAGCAGCAUCUUGGUCCAUGCUAGUUUAUAAUACUCUGAUCCUAGACUGCACAACAGUCACAAACACUCAGAUUUAAAACUAGUAGCACUGGUCAAUGCCUGAUACUAGUUAAUAAAGCUGUAUUAUUGAUGUGCUGUGUUGAUACACAGGGAUGUCUAGCAUGUUCACCAUUCUGUAGCAUCAAGUCUUCUUUUAACAACAGCUCAUAAUCUGAGGAGACCAGCUGCUGGACAUUUGAGAGAGAAAUAUGGUCACAUUGUACUGGGUCGUUUUUGUCAUAUUUUUCCUGUCAUGGUGUGCCAGAUGUUUUCAGCUGGUGAAAGGUCUUCACUUCAGCACCUGAUCUCUUCUCCUAUGAAGUCAUGCUGCUGUAAUCGUUGCAGUGCGUGGUUUAUCUUCAUUGUGCUCAAAUAUACAAAGACUUCACUGAAAAAAAUGUCAUCUGGAUGUUGCUCUAAAACUUGUAUAUACCCUUCAGCAGUGAUGCUGCUUUUUAAAGUGUGUAAGCUGACAAUUCCAUAAGAACUGAUGCAUCCACGUACCAUCAGAGUUGCAGGUUUUUGAACCAAGCACUGAUAACAAGCCAGAUAGUCCUUUGUUUGAUGUCCAUGUCUUCCAAAAAUAAUUUCAAAUUUUGAUUUGUCUGACCAAAGAACAGUUUUUCACUUUGCCUGAGUCCAUUUUAAUUUCACUUUUGCCCAGAGCAGACAGCAGCGUUUCUGGAUCAUGUGCAAACACUGGUUCUACUUUGUACAGUAGAGCUUUAACCUGCAUAUGCAGAUUUUAAUGCACUUCCUCCUGAGGCUGUCAUGAUUUGGCAGUGUGGUGGGAAGUAUGUGGACCAAAAUGUAGGACUCUUGAUAGAAAAUAAGCUCCAGAGGCAGGUUUAUUAUGGAACUCUUACAUCAAAAGCUGAGCUAAUAAUCAACAACCGAUAAUCACUAGUGGACGUGGAACAAGGACAACACACUACCAAGUGGGAAAGAAAUGACAAGAAACAAGGGGACAUUCAGACGACGACAAAGAAGAGGAAACAGGUUUUGAUUCAAAAUGGCGGAGGGCACACCCCAGCUUCCUCUUGCUGCAAUGCUGCUAUUCGGGCUGCUGCUCCACACAGUGUCCCAGCAUGGACCCACAGCUGAUAAACCCAAAGAAAAACCCAAUUUCAUCAUCAUACUGGCAGAUGACAUUGGCUGGGGUGAUCUGGAUGCUAAUCAGCUCGAAGAGAGGGCAAACAACACACCUUACCUCAACCUGAUGGCCCUGCAAGGACUACGAAUGACCGACUUCCACUCCCCAGCCUCGACAUGCUCUCCGUCCCGUGCUGCUAUCCUGACAGGUCGUUAUGGCCUAAGAAACGGGGUGACUCACAACUUCGGGGUGAAGUCUCUAGCUGGCCUGCCUCUGUCUGAAGUUACCUUACCCCAGCUACUACAGAAGGCAGGAUAUCACACUGCCAUGAUUGGGAAAUGGCAUCUUGGACACAAUGGACUAUACAGUCCAACUAACAGAGGUUUUGACUACUACUUAGGUAUUCCCUUCAGUAAUGACAUGGGAUGUACUGAUAUCCCAGGAUAUAACCUGCCCCAGUGCCUCCCCUGUGACUCACAUGGACCACAAGUGAUCAGAUUGAAGAGGAACAUACAUGGAGGUUGUUAUUCCAGAAUCGGCCUUCCUCUGAUUGAAAAUAGCACUAUUGUGGAGCAGCCGCUUGACCUGUGGACACUAACAGAGCAAUACAAGUCUGCUGCACUCCGGAUUAUACACAAUGCAAGUGAGCGAGGACAACCUUAUCUGCUCUACAUAGCACUUGCUCAUAUGCACGUCCCCUUGGCCCCUCCACUAUCUCCAGAUGCCCCUACCACUGAUAAUCACCCAAAUAGUGGAGUGUAUGCUGCCAGUCUGCGAGAGCUGGAUAGUCUGGUUGGGGCAAUAAAGAAUGCUUCUGAGGCCACAGACAGAGACAAUACACUCAUCUGGUUCUCUGGUGACAACGGUCCAUGGGAACAGAAAUGCCAGUAUGCAGGAAGCGUAGGGCCCUUCAGAGGCAAAUGGCAGACCAGCAAAGGUGGCGGUUCAGCUAAGCAGACUACGUGGGAGGGUGGUCACAGAGUGCCUACAGUGGCUUAUUGGCCUGGAAGGAUCCCUGCAAAUACCACCAGCUCGGCCCUGCUCAGUGGUAUGGACAUCUUCCCAACUGUUCUGUCUCUGGCGGGGGUAACACUCCCUUCUGACAGACGUUAUGAUGGCAUUGAUGCCACAAAUAUCCUCCUACAUGGUGAACAGUUGGGCCAUGAGUUUCUCUUCCACCCUAACAGUGGUGCUGCAGGGAGGUUUGGUGACCUUCAGACAGUUCGCAGUGGGAGACACAAAGCUUUCUACAUCACAGGUGCAGCAGAAGCAUGCAGUGGAGAAACAGGAAAGCAGCAGGUCCACGAUCCUCCACUAAUAUUUGAUCUUGAGCGUGAUGAGGCUGAGGAAACACCUUUGGAUGUCAAGACAACUGAAUACCAGGUGGUAGCGGAGAGGAUCGCUCGGAGGAGGGAGAAGCUAUUAUGGGACAUCGCCACUGACAAGUCAGUGUCCAUCGCAGAUUACAGGACAGACGAGUCAGCAGCACCGUGCUGUGACCUGACACAGACUGUUUGUCGUUGCCCCAGGCUGGGUUGAGGGUGGAAUUCACAUGUAAACACUCACACAAGAGGCUGAUAAGACGGGCUCAUAGCUGGAGAAACAAGUCUCACUCUUUAAAAAAAUGUGAUUAGCACUUUGUUUGUAGAAGAAGCCAUUAGUGAAGGGGUUCAAUGGCCAGAGGCUACAGGACAUGUACAAACAAGAUGAGAGGGCAAAGAGAAGUAGGUGGAUGAACUUUGGCCUGUUAGUAAAACAGUGGCUGGAGUAAUUCUCAGUAAUUUUAGAAAAAUAACACAUCUUAUAUCAGAUCAUAAGACAUACUAAAUUUAGUGGAUAGGAUUGGGCUUAGGGCAGAGACUUUUGUUGCGAUAAUCAAAUUUUGGAGACCAAACAUCUGAAAAUAGAUCCUUAUUGUUAUCUUGUUGAAUAUUUGAUGGCUUUUAUUAUAAUAUUCAAACAUUUAUAAUAUAAUUACAAAUAAAAAACAAACAAAACAA